AUGUUAGAUGAAAUAUUGGCCAAGGCAUUAAGAGAAAUUGCCACCAAUUGUUCAUUUGGAUGCACAUCUGAGGAUUUAUGGUAUCAUUUAAACGAUACAGAACUCUCAAAUGGUACAAAAAUUAAAUUAACAGAACAAACAAAGAGAUAUAUUCAUAGGUUAUUAUUAAAUCAUAAAUCAAUUAAAUUAAAGGAAAAUCCAUUAUAUAAACCUGAAAAUGAACAACAAAAACAACAACAACAACAAUCACAACAACAAACCCAAGAUGUUGAAAUGGGUGAUGAUGAUGAAAUUCUAUCUUCACAACAACAACCACAACAAUCUUCACAACAACAACAACAACAACAACAAACACAACAAUCACAACAAUCUUCACAACAAACUAUUAACCUAUCAACACCAAUUAAAGCAACACCAACUAGAUUACCAACUCCAAAGAAAUUUACACCAAGAAAAUUCUUAGGAAAUGGUAGUAUUGAAGAUGGUGGUUAUAUUAGUGAUAAUGAAGAUUACAAUGAACAAGAUGAAUUUGAAAAUGGUGAUAGAUCAAAAAAGAAAGAAGUUAUUAUUUUUAAAUCUUCAACACCUAUUAGAACCUCUGUUAGAGAUUGGGUAGCUGGUGGUGCAAUUAGUACUAUAUUAACUCCAAAGAAGAAUGAUAAUAAUAAUAAUAAUGAAAAUAAUGAAAAUAACAAUAAUGUUAAUAAUAAUAAAACAAAUAAGAAUGAAAUUAAUGAUAAUGAUAUCAAACAAAUUAAUAAAUCACCAUAUUUAGAAAUCUCUCAAAGAUAUGUUUAUGUUGCAGAUACUUAUAAUCAAUCACUUGCAGUUGGUAUACCAUAUGAUCAAUUAAAUAAAAUAUCACAAAUUCAAUGGAGAAUUUUAGAAAGAGUUUCACAAUCUAGAUUUGAAGGUUCAAUCGUUAGAGAUCUUUCACAAGAAUUUAAUAUUGAUCCACGUUGUAUAUUUCCACCAAUUAAAGAUUUAUGUUUAAAAGGAGUUAUUGAAAAAGUAGAAGUUAUGGGUACACAGAGUGCAUCAGGUAUUGCGAUAUCAACUGGUAGAUUAUUUUUAAAGAAAUAUUAUAGACCAAGAUAUUUUUCAUUAGAUGAUAAGGAAGGAUUUAAACCAAAAUUCUAUUUUAAAGCAGCAUUUUUAAGAUAUUUAGAAAUUGAACCAUCUCAUAUAUUAUCAAUGAAAGAUAUUGAAAAGAAGUUUAAUAUUUCACCAACAACAUUUAAAAGAGUAAAGAAAUGGUUAUUUGAAAAUGAUUUCAUUUCACAAGAAACUAGAGGUAAUUCACUCAUAAUUAAAUUAGAGAUUGGUUUAGGUGAAAAGUUUUGGAAUUUAGUUGAAAAUGGUGGUGGUAAUGGUGAUGAUGAAGAUGGUGAUUCUUCAAGCACACCAAAGAAACCAACAACACCAACAAGUGCAAAGAAAUCAAAGAAUACACCUGGUAAAGGUAAUGGUGGUGGUGGUGGUGAGGAUGAUGAGGAUGAGGAUGAAGGUGAAGAAUUAUCAUUGGUUGGUUUAUCAUCAUCUUCAAAAUUAAUUAUGGAACAACCAAUUUAUCAACAGGUUUUUAAUAUGAUUAGACAAGCAGAUACUGAUGGUAUAACAGCAAAAGAGAUUUGUAUUAAAUGUGGUGAAUUAUCUCGUAAAUUCGUUGCACAUGUACUUAAAACUUUAAUUAUUUCCUAUAGAGUUAAAAUUGUACCAGAAACAGUGGGUAGACAAUUAACCUAUAGAAUCUUUGCAGAUACAGCUGAUAUGUUACCAAAAGAUAAUCAACUAACAACUGAAGAAGAUCCAAAUUUAUUACAUAGAGAUAUUAAUACACCAAUCUCAAGAUUUAAUGGUCGUCUUUUAAAUUAUGAAGAUUUAAUAUCUGAAAGUAAUAGAGUUUAUAAUGAAAUUCUUAAUAAUGAUAAAGAAAUAAUAAAAGCAAUUGAAAAUGGUGUUGUUGAUAAUCAAGAAGCUAAUAAUAAUAAUAAUAAUAAUACUCAAGAAAAUAAUAAUAAUAAUAAUAAUAAUGAUGAUGGUAGUUCUACUCAAGAAAGUAAAAAAAAAAGAAAAAAAAAUAAACAACUAGAGUAUGAUAUUAAAAAAGAAGUUGAGGAAAGAGUUUUAGUUGAAUCAGAUGAUGAUACAACUAUAACAACAGUGAUUCAAGGAUCAUUACCAACACCAGCAAAGAGAUCAAUGCCACAAACCGUUUUGUUUUCACAACGUAAAGAAUCAGUUUAUAAUCGUAUUAGGGAAGCACGUGGUUGUGUCCUAUGGACAUUGUUAUUACAUCAACAUAAUAUAGGUGAUACUUCAAUGGAUAAUAAAACUUUGAAAAGAAUUAUCGACAUAUUAAUCAUUGAGAAAAUGGUUGGUUUAAUUAGAUUAUACACUCAAUCACUUAAAGGAUCUCAUAGAAAGAUAUUCUUUGUUUAUGAUGCUCAAAAUUAUAGAUUAGAUGAUGUUGAAAUCAUGGAAAUCAUUGAAACCAUUAAAGAUAUUCCAUCAAAUAGAGUAUUAAAAUCAAAUUUAUCUGGUAGUUAUCAAAAUUUAAAUAAUGAAAAUAAUCCAUAUAGUUAUUUAAAAAAUAGAAAUAGAAAUAGAUCAAUAAAAAAUAAUAAUAACAAUAAUAAUGAUAAUAAUGAUGAAGAUGAUAAUAAUAAUAAUAAUAAUAAUAAUGAUAGUGAUGAAGAUGAUAAUGGUAACCAUUUUGUACGUGAUGCUUAUGAAGAUGAUAAUCAACGUUUAGAUUUAGUAAUUAAGAAUUCAAUUGAAAAACCAUUAUUUACAGUACAUGCUCGUUCAAGAUCAAUUGCAUCAAGAUAUGGUUUCGUUAAAGGUUUAGUCAUUCGUUCUAAAUUAUUACAUCAAUUCAUUUGGUCAUUCGCUGUUAAAUUUACAAAUGGUUCCUUACAUAGAAAUAAUGGUGUUAAUACUGAAAAUAAAACAAAAAGUAAUGAUAUUGAAAUGAAAGAAGGAUCACCAUCAUCAACAACAUCAACAACAGCAACAGAUAAUAAUAAUAAUAAUAAUAAUGAAGUUAAAGAUGAAAGUAAUUUACAAUUGGUAUUAUAUAAAGAAGUAUUAAAUGAAUCAACUAGAAUAUUUUUAAAUUUAUUAUUAAAAUAUUUACCAAUUGAUGAUUAUUUAAAGAUUGUUUCACAAAAUAUAGAGAUACCAGGAUUGGAUGAACAUAUUAAAAAGGGUACAUUAAUUAUUGAUUUACCAAAGCCAAUAAAGAAUUCAUUGUUUCAAUCGGGUAAAUUCUUUGCAAAGAUCUCUGAUAUGGUAUCAUUAUUGAAUAGAUUGGGUUUGAUUUCAAAAGGUUUUACUUAUGGUUAUACAGAGUACACUUUUCAUAGAGAUAUUCAAUUACUCUUUGAUAAUGGUUCAAUAAAGAAAUACAAUUUCAAUUCAUUUGAACAAUUGAAACUUUAUUGGUCAGAUUUACAAUUCCUUUCAUUGUUACCAAGAGAUAGAAACAGUUCGCAACCACCACCAGAUGAUUUCAUUUGUAAUAAAAUUCCAGCAUUAUAUAAUAUCCUAUUAUGGGGUGUACCAAAGGAUCAAUUGACCGAUUCAACUAAACAACAAUUGUAUAAAAUUUUCACCGAUAAAAAAUCACAUUCAAAAGAGGAAAUUAAACAGUUGGCUAGAGAUUUCAAUGUUUCAGGUUACAAAGUUUUAACAUUCUAUAGAAAAGUUGCAAAAGAAAAGUUGGAACAAAAAAGAAAAAGAAAAGCAAAUGGUGAAAAGAAUGAAGGUGAUGAAAGUGGUACUGAUAGUGAUGACGAUAGUGACAACGGUGGUGAUGAUGAAAAUGAUGAAGAUGGUAAAGAUGAUUCAAUUUUCAAAAAGAAAGGUAUUAGAAAAAGAGGUACUAGACCAAAAACAACAAUUAGUUUACUUAGUAAAUCUGCAAAAGAAAAAAGAGAUCAAAUUAAGAAAAAUUUCCAACCAUAUCGUAGAUUUAAAUGGAGUCCAUUGGAAGAUUCUGUACUUUUAAAAACUUAUACUGAAGUAUUUGGUAACUUUUUUAAAACAAUUCCAGAAGGUGCUAAAAAUCAUACCAAUAGUGAAUACUAUAUCACACCAUCGGGUAUUCCAUCAAUGUUGAAUCCUCUUUGGGACCAAUUGGGUGAACAAAUCGAUAAAAAUGGUACACUUUGUUAUAGAAGAAUGUUCUUGUUGGUAAAGAAAUAUCCAUCCUAUAAAACAUUCCAUAAAUCAAGUGAUCAAAUGGCAGAUUUACCCUCAACUAUCCUCGAAUUCAAUUCAAUGUUCAAUACAAGUAUACCAAAGAAUACAAAUUUAGAAACCUUUGAAAAGAGUAAAUUCGAUUCAGUUUCGGAAUCAAUGAUGAAGGAUAAAAUCUUUUUCUUGAUUUCAAUGCCUGAAGAUGAUUAUUCCUACAAUCUUAGUAUUAAAAUGAUUGGUUCUCAAAAUGAUCAAAUAAGUAAAAAGGAUUCAAAUAGAGUUAUGGAUGGUUUGUAUUAUGAUAAAAUCAUAAAGAAUGUUAAAUCCAAAUCAACUGAACGUUCAAUUGGUUUUUGUAUUCAAAAGAUUCUUUACAAAGUAAAUAGUUACAAUAGGGAAUUCCUUGAUGAAAAUCGUGUUUUCCUUUCAAUGAUUAAAGAAUAUCCAAUUGUAAAUGAUCAUACUGCUGCUGCUGCUAGUAAACAACAAAUUUUUAGUAAAGUUGGUAUCACUAACAAUGGUGAUGAGGAUGAUGUUCAAUUAUUCGAAUAUGAUCCAUUAACAAGUGGUGGAUCUGUCUCUUCAAUGUUAUACCUUUUAACCAAUAACAAAGUUUCACCAAAUAUUUUAAUUAAAUCAACAUUUGAUCCAAAACUUGAAAAAGCUCCAAAACUUAGAGAUGCUUCAAAUCAACGUUUAGAAUCUAUUGUUAAUAAAAUUGGUGUAUCCUAUAAACUUCAAGAUUAUAUAGAUUAUUCCUAUAUUGAAAAUGAAAGAAAAAGAGCAAUUAAUCCUGAUGUUAUUGGUAUAAAUGAUCCAUUAUCAACUGAAAAAUUAAAAUUCCAAGAAAUCUUUAAAUCAUCAAAUAAUAAUAAUAAUAAUAAUAAUAAUAAUAAUAAUAAUAAUAAAAAUGAUGAUAAUGAUAAAGAAGAUGAUAAUGAAAAUAGUAAAAGAAGAAAAACAGAUGAAUCAACUACAACUACAACUACAACAAUGAAUGAUAAAGAAUUAAUUUUAAAUGAAUUUGAAAAUAAAUUCAUUUCAGAAGAAUUUAAAGAAUUAUUUAAAUUAAAGAUUGAAAAAAUUAUUGAUAUUUCAGAUAGAACUGGUAAAUUCAUUGGUUGGUUUUGUUUAAUGGUUCAAGAAGUUUUCAAAAUUAUCAAAAGUAAAAAUGUUAAUGGUGCAAAGAGAAUUGAAAUCAUUAAUCAUUUAAUUUCAAAUUCAGAUUCUAAUGAAAUUCUUCAAAAAUUAAUUCAUUAUGAUGAUUCUAGUAAAUUAAUAAUAAAGUUAAAUCAAUCAAAUAAUCAAGAUGGCGAUGUUGAUAAUAAUAAUAUUGAUGAUGAACAAAAAAUUAAUAAUAGUCAAGAACAAAAAGAAGAGGAAUAUAUCAUUGAUCAUUCACAAUAUAUUUAUCAAAAUUUAUUAAACUAUAUUUUAGAAUUAAAAUCAUUAGGUAUUGUUGAUACUCAUUUCACAUUCCACCAUAAAAUUUAUGUCGCAAAAGAAUUUUUCAUGGACUCUUUAAUACCUAUAUUUUAUACUUUACAUCAACAAUAUCUCAAAGAUAAUAAUUUAAAUGAUGUUGAUAAUAAUAAUAAUAAUCAAACUGAUGUUGAACAACAACAACAACAACAAAACCAACAACAACUUAAACCAUUUGUUGAUUUAAGUUAUAAACAAAAGAAAUUGAUUAAACCUUGGAUUGAUGUUUUUGGUAAAGUUAAUAGAAGUCAAUUCAAUAAGAUGUUUUUCGAUUUCCUAACAAAUGUAAAUUUAUACCCAGGUUCAACUUUAGAGAAAAUCACUCAUAGACUUCAAAGAUAUUCUCCUGCAAUGUUAAAAGAAGUUGCUGUCAUCUUACAAUCCUUAGAUUACCUUUCGAUUAAUGAAUUUGAAUUAAAACCUCCAACUUUAUUCUCUAAUGGUUCUUUUGUCACUAAACCUUUCAAUCAAUUUAAUGAUGGUUGUGUUGAUUUAAUUUUUAAUCCAAAACCAAAAUUCUUUAAUCUUCAAUCAGAUUUUUCAAUUUAUCUUUUAACUGAAGAUUUUUAA